CAACGCUCAAAGACUCGACUACCGAGUUCUGUGUCAGAACGCGUUACAGUUCGUAAACUUCUCCGCCUCAGUCAACUGUUUAUCCUCGAAGAUUCCAAAGUCCACGGAGUGGCGACGGAAAGUUCUGCUGCCGGAUUUCAAGUGCCGUAAACCUAUCACCAACACAAAUCAUCGUGAGCGAUGUGUUUGUGUCUUUAAUUCCUGUACAAUGCAAACAGAGUAACGACACGAAGGUCAUAUUUGAAUAAUAAUUACACGCACUGAUAAACAUAUCAGAGACGAUCUCGGAGUGUCUGUAAUGGGUCCAGAGACGCACGGCCCUUGUGUUGGGAAAGUGGACUACGUAACCUCUACUGUUCUGGUGAUGCAAUUGGCUGCCGAGUGGUGACCGCGUUACAUGGCGUUAAAAUCCGUGCCACCGAGCAUGAACACACCCGAAGUGUUAGUGUUAGUGUUAGUGCUCGCGGGGUGUGCGACGGGACAAGAUUCGCACGACAAAUCAGGGGAAGACCUGUUCUUCCUGAAACAGAUCUUCAACAAAUAUGGCGAUCACGGAGUCAUAUCGUUCGAGGGCUUCGAGCAUUUGCUCGAGAACCUGGGGCUGGGUCGCCUGGUGUUCGACAAGAGCCACAGCCUCUCGCUGCACAAGGUGAACGGCUCGUUCCAAGAGGUCCACGACAGCCUUCGCCUACACCAGCACGGCCACGAAAACACCUCAGCCUCAAGCGGACGAAACAGGCGGGAAGUGCAAGAAUUAGUCACGUCUUAUUCCGAGCCACUGCCAUGGACCAACAAAUGUCUGACGCCACAAGACAUUCUGGAGACAUUUGGGCUGGAGCCACAUCACAACCUCGUUAUCUCGCCGAGCGUGUUCCUCAACAUAUGCCCUGCCAUUAUCUAUGAACUGGACCAGCGUUCGUGCUACGGCGAGACCGACGAGCAGAUACAGACCGAUUCAACAGCGACGCAGCAUUCAGCUUGGCUGUACGCGUCACUCAGCGUGCUGGUCAUCAGUCUCAUAGGUCUCCUAGGAGUGGCAAUGGUACCUCUCGUGCAGAGAGCCUUCUACCAACAGCUGCUUCACUUCCUCGUAGCGCUGGCCGUCGGAACUAUGUGUGGCGACGCUUUGCUACACUUGCUACCCCAUGCUCUCGUACCCGCGUCUCCCGCCGAUAAUCAUGACCACGUCACGCCAGUAUUACGAGCGACAGUCACCUUCCUUGCGGUUGGUUUCUUCUUUGUGCUGGAAGCUUUUCUUCUUCACUUGAACUCUAAGCAGCCCGCAGAGAACGCACAAAUGGAUCUGAGAAUACAGUCCAGUCCCAAGGAACAAAAACUUCUCACUGAAAAUAAAGAUGGCCGAACAUCCAUGGAAGAAGGCACACGCCCCUGUUGUCUACUAACAGCACGUACUGAGGAAUCAGUCCCUUGUGUUCGUGAUGCAAUUCAUGGUGACAGAAGAAUGGCAAUUCGUGAAGUUGCAGCACAAAUUGGCACUUCCUAUGGCACAUGCCAAGUGGCUUUAACGCAAGAUGCAGAGGCCGUGGAGGCAAGUUGCCAGCACGGCCAUCAACACUGGUCUCAGGGUUCCGUGGCCUGGAUGGUCAUCAUGGGCGACGGUCUGCAUAACCUAACCGACGGUUUGGCAGUUGGCGCGGCAUUCAAUGGAGAUACAGUUGCUGGCUUUGCAACAGCAAUAGCUGUCCUCUGUCAUGAAUUACCCCAUGAAUUAGGAGAUUUUGCAGUACUGUUACAAGCGGGAAUGAGCAUACAAAAAGCAAUAGUCUACAACAUCGUUUCCUCGGUGCUGAGCUUCGUCGGAAUGGCCGCCGGGGUGUGGAUUGGCGAAUAUGAGGCUGCAUCAAUGUGGAUAUAUGCUUUUACAGCAGGAGCAUUCCUCUACAUCAGUCUUGUAGAUUUAGUCCCAGAAAUGAAAAAUGCCUCCAAAAAUUCUCGAGGCUUUCUAGAUGUAACAAUCCAGCUGGCUGGAAUUAUCACUGGCGCUGGGAUAAUGCUCGUCAUUGCACUGCAUGAAGACGAUAUAACUUCCUUAGUUGGUUAACUUUCACCUUCACUGCAGAAAAGUUUGUCAUUCAGAAGUCUUAAUGAUAAGUUCAUACUUAAAUAAAAGUGUCUUGAAAAUGAG